AUGAGCACCAAACGAAAAUCGUCUGUGAAGGAGGACGCUCGUAAUGCCAAGGCUGCCUCUUCGGAUGCUGCCUUCAACGAGCUGUUCGAACCCAACUACAGAGGCAAGGGUUGGACCGACGAAAUCUCCACUGCCGAAGACAAGUGGAAUCUACUUCCGGCCUUCCUGAAGGUGAAGGGUCUGGUCAAGCAGCAUCUCGACUCGUUCAACUACUUCGUGGAUGUUGAUCUCAAAAAAAUUCUCGCCGCCAACCAGAUGGUUCUGUCCGAUGUGGAUCCCGAGUUCUACCUCAAGUACAAGGACAUUCGGGUUGGAAAGCCUGGUAUCAAGUUUGACGACAAGAACGACGACAAUGCCAUUUUCCCCCACGAGUGCCGACUGCGAGAUAUGACAUAUGCUGCUCCCAUCUAUGUCGACAUUGAAUACACCAAGGAGCGAAAGAUUGUGAUUCAGAGAAACCUGGAGAUUGGAAAGAUGCCCAUCAUGCUGCGGUCUUCCAAGUGCCAUCUCCAGGAUCAGACAGAAGAAAAAAUGGCCGCCAUGGGGGAGUGUCCCUUGGACCCUGGAGGAUACUUCAUUGUCAACGGAACUGAAAAGGUGAUUUUGGUUCAGGAGCAGCUGAGCAAGAAUCGAAUCAUUGUGGAGGCUGAUGAAAAGAAGGGCGUUGUUCAGGCUUCGGUGACCUCGUCUACACACGAGCGACGAUCAAAGACAUAUGUACUCACCAAAAACGACAAAAUCUACCUAAAAAACAACUCCAUCGUUGAAGACAUUCCGAUCGUGCUGAUUCUCAAGGCUGCUGGUCUGGUCACAGAUCUGGAGAUCAUGCAGGCAGUUGCCGGUCAGAACCCUGUCUACCAGGAGAUCUUCGCUGUCAACUUCGAGGAGUGUAGCAAGCUGGGCGUCUUCACACAGAGACAGGCUCUGGAAUACCUCGGUAGUAAGGUCAAGACUUCCCGACGAUCGAACGUCAAGCUGACCCACUAUCAGGAGGGUCUGGAGGCCGUCGCAACCUCCAUCAUCGCUCACAUUUCCAUCAACAACAUGGAUUUCACCGAAAAAGCGCUGUACAUUGCAGUCAUGACCCGACGAGUAAUUAUGGCCAUGGCCGACCCUAAGAUGAUCGACGAUAGAGAUUACGUGGGUAACAAGCGUCUGGAAUUGGCCGGUCAGCUGCUGUCGCUUCUGUUUGAAGAUUUGUUCAAGAAGUUCAACAGUGACUUCAAGGCCAACAUUGACAAGAUUCUCAAGCGGCCUAACCGUGCAUCCAUGUUCGAUGCCCUGCUCAACCUGGAAACUCACCGAGGCAGCAUCACAAGUGGUAUGAACCGAGCCAUCUCUACCGGUAAUUGGUCGUUGAAGCGUUUUAAAAUGGAGAGAGCUGGUGUCACUCAUGUUCUUUCUCGUCUGUCCUAUAUUUCUGCUCUGGGUAUGAUGACUCGAAUCUCGUCGCAGUUUGAGAAGUCGCGAAAGGUUUCCGGUCCCCGAGCCUUGCAGCCUUCUCAGUUUGGUAUGCUGUGUACCUCCGAUACUCCCGAGGGUGAGGCCUGUGGUUUGGUCAAGAACUUGGCGCUCAUGACCCAUAUCACCACCGAUGAUGAGGAGGCACCUGUGCGAAACCUGUGCUACCUCCUCGGUGCGGAGAACAUCUCUGUGAUUGGUGGAGCUGAGCUGCAUGCCGAGGGUUCCUUCGGUGUCUACCUCAACGGUACCCUUAUCGGUAUCACCAAAUUCCCCACCAAGUUUGUCUCGUCUUUCCGACAAUUCCGACGAACAGGUAAGGUCUCUGAGUUCAUCUCCAUCUACAUCAACAGACACCAUGCUGCUGUUCACAUUGCUACCGAUGGUGGUCGAAUUUGUCGACCUCUGAUUAUUGUGGAGAAUGAGCACCCCCGAGUACAGGUGGAACAUCUCAAAAAGCUUCGAGAUGGCGAGAUGACCUUCGAUGAUUUCCUCAAACAGGGUCUGGUCGAGUACCUUGAUGUCAACGAGGAGAAUGACUCCUUCAUUGCUCUUUACGAGAACAACAUCAACGCCGAAACCACACAUUUGGAAAUCGAGCCCUUCACUGUUCUUGGAGCUGUGGCUGGUCUGAUUCCCUACCCCCACCACAACCAGUCUCCCCGAAACACCUACCAGUGUGCUAUGGGUAAGCAGGCGAUCGGAGCUAUUGCAUACAACCAGCUCAACCGAAUCGACACCCUGCUUUAUCUCAUGGUGUACCCGCAACAGCCAAUGGUCAAGACUCGAACAAUUGAGCUGAUUGACUACGAUAAGCUACCUGCCGGCCAGAAUGCCACCGUGGCUGUCAUGUCCUACUCCGGUUACGAUAUUGAAGAUGCUCUCGUCCUCAACAAGUCUUCCAUUGACCGAGGAUUCGGUCGAUGUCAGGUUCUCAAGAAGAACACCACUGUUCUCAAGCGGUACGCUGGAUCAGAUGCUGUUGAUAGGCUCGAUGGUGUCAAGAUGGAGCGACGAAAGUGCGCAUGGGAUCCAAACAGCUUCGAGGAGGUAGUCACCGAGCAGCACGAAGUUCUGGGCCCUGAUGGUCUUGGUGAGGUUGGAAAGCCCGUUAAGAACUCUCAGGUUUACGUCAACAGAUGCAUUCCGGUCAACAACAGUGACUCUCUGCUGAACCAGUCCACCUCUUCUAGCACUGAGUAUCGAGAAGCUCCCGUCACAUACCGAGGCCCCGAGCCCAGUAUCAUUGAUAAGGUUAUGGUGUCUGUGACCGACAAGGAGUUAUACCUAAUCAAAGUGUUGCUCCGACAAACCCGACGACCCGAGCUGGGAGACAAGUUCUCGUCUCGUCACGGACAGAAGGGUGUGUGUGGUAUCAUUGUCAAUCAGGAAGACAUGCCCUUCAGUGAUAGCGGGGUGUGUCCCGACAUCAUUAUGAACCCCCACGGUUUCCCCUCCCGUAUGACUGUCGGAAAGAUGAUUGAGCUCAUCUCUGGUAAGGCCGGUGUCCUGGAUGGAUCUCUGCAGUACGGAACCUGUUUCGGCGGCAGUAAGCUGGAGGAUAUGUCCAAGAUUCUUGUAGACCAUGGCUACUCCUACUCUGGAAAGGACAUGCUUUACUCUGGAACUUCCGGUGAGUGUCUGCAGGCCUACAUCUUCUUUGGCCCCAUCUACUAUCAGAAGCUGAAGCAUAUGGUUAUGGAUAAGAUGCAUGCUCGACCCCGAGGUCCUCGAGCGGUUCUCACUCGACAGCCCACCGAAGGUCGAUCUCGAGAUGGUGGUCUGCGUCUGGGAGAAAUGGAGCGAGAUUGUGUUAUUGCUUAUGGAGCGAGUCAGUUGCUUCUGGAGCGACUCAUGUACUCUUCUGACGCCUUUGAGGCCGACGUUUGUCAGAAGUGUGGUCUUUUGGGCUACCAGGGCUGGUGUAAUUCUUGCCAGACAACUGCCCACGUGGUGAAGAUGACCCUUCCCUACGCCGCCAAGCUGCUUUUCCAGGAGCUGGUUUCCAUGAACAUUGCUCCUCGUCUCAAGUUGAAGGAGGUUUUCUAG